AAAAGCAGCAGAGAGCAGGAGAGGGCGACAGAGGCAGGCAGCAGGCAGACUGAUCUCUGAUCCUAGCGGCGGCUCAGCCAGCAUACCUGUUGCUCCUCGCUGCGGGGAGAGUGACGUCGGACUCCGGCUGGCCGCGGACCUGAGAGUUGAAAAGCCGACUGACUGCAGCACCUGAGGAGGAAGAGAAGAAUAAACAUGUUUCCGCGAAUGUUCCUCUGCGCGCUUUUGGCCGCGUACCACGGGACGCAGACCUGCAAUGGAUUUAACAUCGAUGAGCAGUUCCCCGUGAUUAAAGAGGGGAAAACCAAAGGGAGCUUCUUUGGAUUCUCGGUAGCUCUGCACAAACAGACGAAGGGCGCCAACAGAUAUCUGCUCCUCGUGGGGGCUCCCAAAGAAAAAGACAAUUCUCUUCCAAAUGUCAACGAAACAGGUGCCGUGUACUCUUGUCCCAUCAACACAGACCCCACAGACUGCACCAGGAUGGAUCUGAUCACAUCAACAGUUGGGUCAGAGAUGGUGGAGGGCAUGUGGCUGGGCGUGACGGUGGCCAGUCAGAGGAGCCUUAAAGAAGGACGUGUACUGGCAUGUGGCCAUCGGUAUGUAAAGAUCGCCGCAGAGCAGCACAGGAGGAUGAUCGGAAAGUGCUACGUGAGGAGUAAUGAUCUGACAUUUGAUAACUUCGACGAGUGGCAGAAUGAUCCUUAUGCGCGCUGUGACCCCGGAUAUGACUACAACUCGGAGGGAAUGUGCAACCUGGGUAUCUCUGGCACCAUAACAGAGACCGAUGUCACCCUCGGUGCUACGGGUAGCUUUAGCUGGAAAGGAAAUGUCCAUUUAACCCAGAGAGAUCCAGAUCCAGAUAAUGCCUGGAACUCUGACAACAUGAACAUUGAAAGUGAAAAGUCAAAAAAAACAUACUCGUAUAUAGGUUAUUCAGUUCUUGAAGAGAGCAAGCUGCUGAGUCAUAAGAGCAACACAAUUGUGACGGGGGCCCCCAGGGAUGAGUCCAAGGGCUCCGUGAUGUUGGGAACUAAGAGUGGGAAAAAAAUCGAGAUAAAAGAAACCAUCCAGGGAGAACAAGUGGGCUCUUACUUCGGGAGCAGCCUGGCUGCCACUGACCUCAACAAUGAUGACUGGAACGACCUGAUCAUAGGGGCCCCAUUUUACUUUGACCGCAAGGAGAACCAGGGAGGAGCGGUGUACAUUUUCCUGAACGAGAACGGAUCUUUCAAGAGUACUCCCACCAUGAUGCUGACCGGUCCAUCUUUCUCCGGGUUCGGGACUGCAGUUGCUGCCAUCGGCGAUGUCAACCAGGACGGAUUCCAAGACUUUGCAGUGGGGGCGCCGUUUAGCGAAGGAGGACAGGUUUACAUAUGGAUGGGAGGUAAAAAGGGAAUCUCACAGGAGCCCAGUCAGGUGAUCAAGGGGAAGUCAGUGGUGAAAGACUUCCAGAGCUUCGGUUACUCCAUCAGCGCAGGCAUGGACACGGAUGGCAACAGUUACCCUGACAUCUUAGUUGGUUCCCUUGAUGAUCGUAUAGCCCUUCUGAGAGCUCGCCCUGUCAUUCACCUGACCAAAAACUUCACUGCUGAGCCCAGGAUUGUGGAUCCUCACCAGUGUCCUGCAAACAAUCCAUGCAUUACAGUUACGGUGUGCCUGUCGUUCACUCUAAGCAACGGAAACAAAGACUUUAAGGAAAAGAUCGUUGUGCGUUAUUCAAUACAAGCCGACGCAGAGAGAAGAAGCUCUCGAGUUCGUUUCUCAAAUAAUGCCGAGACGGCCUCUGGCAAGCUGGCUCUGCUGGUAUCUAAACCCAUCUGUGAGGACCUAAAACUAAGUGUUGUGGAACCUGUGCAGGACAAACUGGAGCCGGUGGUCUUUUCCCUCAACAUGUCGCUACGGGAACAAAAACCCAAUGCCAGAAGCUUCCAGAUCCAGAACCUGGAUUUCUUCCCCAUUCUAAGCCAAGAGCAGAAACUCACCCAAAAAACCGAGAUAAACUUUCAGAAGGAGUGCGGCUCAGACAACAAGUGCUCCAGUAACCUGCAGAUGUCCGCUGAGUUUGCUGAUGAUUUUAAAAAAUCCUUCCCCUGGAGGGAAAACAUAAACGCUCAAGUGCUCCAGUUCGACAAGAACAUCAAAAAAAUAAGGCUGUUGGUGUCGGUUACCAACUUUCCUGCUCCUGGAAAGCUGGCAGAGGAUGCCCACCAGACGACGCUCAAAGUCAACAUCCCCAAUGCACUGAAAUACAGCGCCUUCAGAUCUGACAACACCAGCUUACAAUGCCAGUUUGAUAAUAACAACACAGUCAUUUGCGAGCUGGGGAAUCCAAUAAAAGGCAAAGAAAAGGUUAACGUGCAGCUUGUGUUUGAGACUUCAGGCAUCGAUCUGUACACGAAAGAAAUAGAGACCCAGCUGAUUCUAUCAACUCUUAGUGAGCAGAGUGACCUGAAGCCGGUGACGGUGGCCAUGGUGAUCGAAAGCACCAUCGAACCCAUCUUCUCCAUUAAGCAUUUUCAGAUGUCAACUAAAUUUGGCGGGGAAGUGAAGGGAGAGUAUGCCAUGACCAACACCGAUGACGUGGGCAGUCUGGUGGAGUUCACCUUCAGCGUGGACAUGAACGGCCCACCUCUGGGGGACAUGGGGACCCUUGCUGUGGAGUUUGAUUGGCCCCGUGAAGUGCCUAAUGGCAAGUGGCUGCUGUACCUGACGAAGAUUGUUGUCAGAGGAGAAUCAGAAAUGGAAUGCAGCCCUGCUGGGGAAAUUAUCAAUCCGCUUAACCUAAGUUUGUCCGAAAGCCAAUCCAAGGAAACCAGAUCUAAACGGCAGACUUCAGAGGAUAACGAGGAAGACACAAAUCAGUUGCAUAAUGUCGAGCCGCAGGCAGCAGUGACACUCCGCAUUCCUCGGAAAACCUACAAGUUGGACUGCUCUAAGGCGACAGCAAACUGCGUCAACUUCACCUGUCCUCUGCACAACAUGUCCGACUCCGCUGAGAUUUACGUCCGCUCCCGCUUGUGGAACAGUACCAUGUUGGAGGACUAUUCCAACGCUCUGGAAGUUAGCAUCACAGGUAGCGCCACACUGAAGCUCAUUACGGAUAAAUCGACUGUCAAGAUGGACCCCGAGCCUCUGCUUUUUAAAAUACUGAUACAACCAGAGGGAAGUGUGGAGAUUCCCUAUCAGCUUCCCCUGUGGAUCAUCAUUACUGCAGCUGUAGCAGGAAUUGUGCUCCUAGGAAUCAUCAUUCUUAUUAUGUGGAAGUGUGGCUUCUUCCAGAGGGCUAGCAGGAGAGAGAUGUAUGAGGCCAAGGCCCAGAAGGCUGAGAUGAAGAUCCAGCCCUCUGAAACAGAAAAGAUGAUUGAGGACUACUAAGGCUCCCAUGUGUUCUUCCAAAAGCACCCACCAAUAGGGCCUUUGGCUUGGGUUCUUCAAGCGAGCCAUCUACUACCGGGUAAUGCCAAAGCACCGCGGGGUGAGGAUUCGUAAAGCUGAACGUUAUCAGUUCAACCUGGGAUUUCAGCCUGAGGAGCCGCAGAAAAAGUACUGGAUCACCAGCUGGACAGAGAUGCAGCAUUGCUACUACUGAUGCCUUAGAACCACUUACUGCCACAGAAAGUAAAAACCAAGAGAACACUGGGCCUGAUGGGGCUACAUGGACUUCUACAGUGCCUCUACUGUGGACGGGGCAUUUCUUAGAUUUUAUCAAUAUUCAAUGUCCUCAUGUUUUUUUCUGUGCAAUAUGCAACAUUAUUUUUGGAGAGAUUGUAAUUUGUAAAGUUUCUAGUUGUUGGAUGCAGGGUUGUACAGAAAUCGGUGUUGCAUUCAGAGGCAAACUUUAUUAUUGUAUUUUAUGUCUUUAUAUGUUGAAUCAUACAACCUUUUAGCUUUUCAAUCUUUUUUUUUUGUUCGCCAUCACAACAUCCCUUGGUACUGUGUGAUUUGUUGGUUUGAAAUCACUAAGUAUAUAUAAUGAUA